GAGUCUCAGGACUGGGGUACAGAUGGGGGUAAAGCUUUUUCCCAUUCUGGCGAUUCAAGGAAGGUCAGCACCGGCGGGCGGGGCGCGCUCCCGUACCAGUCCUCACUGCCCACCCCAAAGCCACCUGAAACCCCGCCUGCCACUCGGCCCCAGCGCAGCCAAUCGACAUCCAUACUGCCUGGGAUGGGGCGGAGCUCAUGCAAAUCGAGUCGCCUCCGAGAGGCACAUAGUGAUACCAGAGCUGGGAGGCGGCUCCGGCGCGGACCUUGGAGAGCCCAGCAGCUUGCCCGCGAGCCAACCUCGUUCCCGCUGCCCGCCCGCGGAGGCUCGAAGCCGUCCCGACCGGCAAGCGGCCUCAGGCCUUGCCAUGGGGAAGACCAACAGCAAGCUGGCCCCCGAGGUGCUGGAGGACCUGGUACAAAACACUGAGUUCAGCGAGCAGGAACUGAAGCAGUGGUACAAGGGCUUCCUGAAGGACUGUCCCAGCGGCAUCCUCAACCUGGAGGAGUUCCAGCAGCUCUACAUCAAGUUCUUCCCCUACGGCGACGCCUCCAAGUUUGCCCAGCACGCUUUCCGAACCUUCGACAAGAAUGGGGACGGCACCAUCGACUUCCGGGAGUUCAUCUGCGCGCUGUCGGUCACCUCUCGUGGCAGCUUCGAGCAGAAGCUCAAUUGGGCCUUUGAGAUGUAUGACCUGGACGGCGACGGGCGCAUCACGCGCCUCGAGAUGCUGGAGAUCAUCGAGGCUAUCUACAAGAUGGUGGGCACUGUGAUCAUGAUGCGUAUGAACCAGGAUGGGCUCACCCCCCAGCAACGUGUGGACAAGAUCUUCAAGAAGAUGGACCAGGAUAAGGAUGACCAGAUUACGCUGGAAGAGUUCAAGGAGGCGGCCAAGAGUGAUCCCUCCAUUGUGUUGCUGCUGCAGUGUGACAUGCAGAAGUAGGAGCUGGUGAGGGGCAGGGCCCCUGGCCAGGAGGGACAUGGCCACCUCCCAACCAGAUGACCUCUCUGCUGGCCCUUCCCCGGGGGGAGGGACACUCUAGCCUCACUCUCUAGCCCACCCACUUCACUGCCCAAGCCCCUCCUUCAGUCCAGCUCCCCGAGGGACCACCUCACCCACAGAGACAGGUCCUCGGGUAUCCUGUCAGGUAGCCCCACUUCCAGCCUUGGCCUAGACCAACAUCCUUUGGCCAUAGUGGAGUUGGCUUUUGCCCUGAAAGGCAGGGUUAAGGAGGGGGGCUUAAAAUUCUGCUUUGAAAUCCUGUUAUUCCUGGGAUUAUACUUUAUGGAAUGGGGUCCCUCAGGCCCCAAAGGGCCAAAUCGGGUCUGUCCUUUCCUAAGGACUCAGAUCCCUUAAAGGUGGUCCUUGCCCUGCCCCCUUGACUCUACCUGGCCUCUCUGGCCCACAGCCUUUGGAGCGUUCAUUCAGUCCUUUCUUCAGCUAAUGUUUAUUGAGCACUUAUUUAAUGCCAGGCACCUUCAGGUGCUAGGAAUAUGGUAGUUUACAAGACAUAUUUUGUGCCCCCUGGAAGCUCAUAAAAGGGCAACUUCUGGUGGUCAGGGUCUUGGAGAAGGAUGUUGAGCCCAGCUGCGAAGAAAAGGGAGGAAAGUUGGCUGGUUCAAGAGGAGCUAUUGCAUCUUCCAGCUAGCUCCACCCAAAUGAAAAGAACUUGGAGGUUUAGGAGCCAUGUGAGUGGAAGUUUUAAGAAAAAUGAGAAUCUAUAUGAUACUUAUUUUUUUAGUACCCUUUAUAAGAGCUAAAACCAUUUUAUUAGGUUAAAAUAUUAAAUAUACUCUAUAUUACUUGGUUUCUUAUAAAAUGAUUAAAUGAAUAUAGAAAAUGCUAAUUUUUUCAGGGGAAAACCGAGGUACAGGGGAGGAAAUACCACCAGACUUAACAAAUAACCCUUUGUGGGGGGCGGGGCGCGGCGCAGGCUGAGUCCUGAGCGGUCACCAUCAGCGGCUUGUGCUGCUUCCUCUGCUUCCUUUUAAUUACCUUUGUCAUUCCAACAAGUGACUCUUCAUCGCACACUUUAGGUGCUGUCUUCAGAGACAGAAACAACAAGGUU